CACUGUCAAGAAUCUCACCACAGAAGGGGAAAUUUGUUUUGCUUUUGGAUGUUUGGGAAAAGUGCGGAGAAAAAGUGAUUUUUCGCCCAGUUAUCUUGUGAAAAUUGAGUGAAAAGUGCAGCAAAGGGAAGCUAUGGAUCCCGAAGACAAUGGUCAGGGUGAGGAAGCUGAGGGAGAAGAUGAGGCAGAGAUGCUGUCCGAUUCUUCAGUGGUUGAGGAUGAUGGACAGGAGAGAGAUGAGUCUGGCUUCAGAAUUGGUGUCUUCAACAUCAUGCGGGAUAGAAAUGUGGCAAGGAUUUUCCGGGGAUUUCGCGGAUUCAAUCGCGAAUCAAGUUCCGGAAGUGAGGAUUCCUUUCAAGUCACAACUCCCUCAAACGAGGAGAGCGACAAUUCAGACAGCGCGAGCAACAACCAGCCCCAAAACUUUGACACAGAAUUGCCCACAAAUCACUCAUAUCUGGGCAGGAUGGAGUCCGUGUCAGGCGUUGAGUACUAUGAGCCGGGGAGCAGAUACAAGAUUCACAUUUGUCCGCAUCACACAAUCAUCUUCCCUGGACAGACUCUGCCCGUGAUUCUCUCCACGAGCCAGGCAUUUCAUCUGACCGCCCAGAGUGGUGAGCACUCGGUGGGACUGGUCUUCCCGCCGAUUAACAAUGAGCAGUAUGGCGUCACGUGCCAGAUGUAUGAGAAGAAUGUGAGGAAUCCGCUGUGGAAGUCAGACUUGAGAGCCAAAUUGCGAGCUCACCAGCGAUUCCGCGUGUGCAAAGGCACGAUAAGUCAUCCCAUUUUGUCCACCUUCGUGGGCGACGUGAGAGAGGCUGAGGUGGAGAUUUUGCCUGAGUUGUCUCUGGGCGAUCCCUUGAGCGGUCAUAUUCGUGGCAGCUUGGACAAAUUCCUUCCUCACUCGUCACGAAUCAAGCUCCUCUACUCUCACGCCAGAGCAUGGCCACUUUUUGUCUACGAGCAGUAUGACAUUGGGAAGGUGAUGAUGAAGAUCAAGCAUUUCGUGGCAGCUCACAAUCUGGAGAACAUGCCCACGGAUCCUAUUGUAUGCUCCUUCUGGUCAGCCAAGAACCUUCCUCUCGAAGAGAGCGACAGAGAGAAGAUUUUUGCCACGAAUUUCGUGGAAGUGCGCAUGAAAAUCAUCGCAGAGAAGUUGAAUGAUCCUUAUUACUACCACUGCAUCGAGUGCCAGCAGAAGGUGGCGAAGUUUAGUGAGGUCUUCGCCAUGUCUAAGGAUGGCGUGCAGGCAAGCUACUGCAAUCCAGGCGGCUUCAUCCACGACACAGUCACACUGUUCGGCGUGGAGCUAAAUGCAGUGAUUGUGGAGCGCUCAAAGUCUACCCAGUUCAGCUGGUUCCCUGGCUAUGCGUGGAAGAUCACCGUCUGUGGGCGCUGCCAUAGACACUUGGGAUGGCAGUUUGUGGCGGAGAAGAAGAACCUCAGGCCACACUCAUUCUUCGGACUCACGCAGCGCAGCAUUGUGCUGAAGCUGUAAGGAGGAUCUUCUCUAUGGACUGUUUUUAAUGGGCAUAAAUGCAAACAUUUGAGUAUUUUGACGCACUCAAUAGCCUUCUUCAUCCGCCUCCAACUCGAGGAACG